UCUGACCCGCACUUGGGCUGCUUUUGGUAACAUUGAUGUGCCAAAAUAAUUAAUAGUAUUAAUUGUACGUUUGAAGCACGGAAGAAAAAGAACGAGGUUUGAAGAUUUGGCAGAACAGAGAGCAACAAGUUUGUCAUCGAUGACAGCGGCAGUGGGCGCGGGCGCCGCCGAUAGCGCCGCCGCGGCAGUCGCGGCACAGUCGGCGACGCCGCGCCGAGUCGCACGCACGCACCGCACACAUGCCGAGACACGAGUCGGAGGAGCGCGGAGUGGCCGCGUGGCUGCGGCGCUGGUGGCGCGCGCUGCUGGCCGAGCUGCUGGCCACGGCGCUGCUGGUGUGGCUGGGCGUGGCCGCCAUGAUGCCGGUGCGCGGGCCCGGCUCCGUGCUGCUGGCGCACCCCGCCAUGGCGUUCGGCUUCGUGGUGGUGGGCAACGCCGUUGCCUUCGGGCCCGCGUCGGGCGCGCACAUGAACCCCGCCGUGACGCUGGCGGCGCUGCUGCACGGGCAGCUGGGCGCGGCGCCGGCGCUGGGCUACGCGCUGGCGCAGCUGCUGGGCGGCGUGCUGGGCUUCGGCGCGCUGCUGGGCACGACGCCGGCGGCGGCGGCGCUGGCGCCGACGGGCUGCACGCUGCCGGCGCCGCACGUGUCGGCGCUGGCGGCCGUGGCGCUGGAGGCGGCCAGCACGGCGGUGCUGGCGCUGGCGUGCUGCGGCGUGUGGAGCGCGGCGGCGCGCGGCGAGCACGACCCCGCCGCGCCCAUCAAGCUGGGCCUGGUGGUCGCCGGCCUCGUCUACGCAGCGGGACACGCGACGGGCGCCAGCCUCAACCCGGCGCGCAGCUUCGCGCCCGCGCUGCUGCACUCGCACUGGGACUACCACUGGGUGUACUGGGCGGGCCCGCUGGGCGGCGCGGCGCUGGGCGCGCUGCUGCACCGCUGGGUGCUGACGCCGCGCUCCGAGCCGCCGCGCGACGUCGACCUGCCGCUGCGGGACAAGGCCGACCAGCCCUAGUCACUUUCAUCUUCCGUACCAGCUCCAUGAACUUCAUUGAAAACUUAUUGUCGGUACCUACCGUAAUCAUUGCUUACAUUGAAAAAGAACUGUUUAAAUGAUAAAUUAUAUUUAUUUUGCAAAUUGGUUGGAAACAACAUUUUCAAACGACUUUUUCAAAAGUGAAAUCAGAUCACCAUCUCCUCACCACUUUCGAGUAAUUCGAAAAGGACUUCUCAUAGCACUCAAGGAAGAUAUUAGGCCCGCGGAGCAUACUGCCACUUUAACCAAACACACUUCGAGCACAACUCGGGCAUCCAAUAUACAGGCUCCGCCUAAUUUGGGAAGCUACGCUUCAAUAAGACAAUUAUGUUAAUCUUCUAUUGUGGUUGUGGUGACAACAAUAUACCUAAAUAUAAGGGUUCGGUACCCAAAAACGGGACCCUUUUACUAAUUUGUGCCUCGAAGACCUAAAGUUUUGCCAUUAUCCGGGUGUUCAUUUGAAAAAUACUGAAACAAAGGCUCAAAUGUCUAUCGGUAUGUGAAAAAGCAAAGUUAUAAACUUUUUGAAAGUGAAAAGAUACGCGAUAAAGUUUGUAUGGAAUUUAAUGUGCCAAAACUGAAUCUUUGUAGAAUAUAGUAAUAUUAUUUUUGUGACUUUAUACUUACCUACUAAUAAAAGCGCAUGUUAGAAUAA